AUGAGCGAGCAAACAUUAAGGCCUGUCACUAUUAGACAAAUAAAGGGUGGCGAAGUACCUCAGGCAGAAGGUAUUAUCAAGAUAGAUGGUGCUGAUUGUACUCAGGUUACGUUUGUUGGAAUUAUUCGUAAUAUCAGUGAACAACAAAUGAAUGUUAUCUACACAAUUGAGGACGGCACAGGCUCAACUGAUGUUAGAAAAUGGAUCGAACAAAAUGAAACUGAGAUCGAGGCAGAUGAACGUCGAAGCUUAGUGCGUGAUAUCUAUGUGAGAGUUUAUGGUAGAUUAGCCUAUUUCCAUAACCGAAUAACUGUCGCAGCAUUUGCUAUUCGACCCAUCACUGACUAUAAUGAAAUCACACAUCACUACCUGGAAGCUAUUUAUGUGCACUUGACAUUCACCAAACCUAGCAAGAAAAACUCGUUAUUUGUUGAAACCUCAAAUAACAAAGGAAAUGUCAUUGAAGAUCGUAUUAUGGGAGUCAUGAAAGAAAACUCACAUCUUACAGAAGGAGUAACGCUCGAUUUCAUUAUUGAAAAAUUAAAAACCAUGCAUACUGAAGCUGAGAUACGACAAGCCAUGCAGCAUAUUGAAAAUGAAGGACAGGUCUAUAAUACAAUUGAUGAAUAUCACUUUAAGCCAUGUGUGGAUUAA